CGGGCGGCGGCCGGGGGCGGCCGAGGAGGAGGCGGCGGCGGCGGCGGCGGCGGCGCGGGCGGCGGCGCGGGGGGGGCGCCGGGCGAGAAGCGGCGGCGGCGGCCGAGGCCGAGCGGCGGCGGCGGCGGGCGGCGGCAUCAUGGCGGACAGAGACAGCGGCAGCGAGCAGGGCGGCGGCGGCGGGGGCGCGGCGGGCGCCGGGGGGCCGGGCUCGGGCGGCGGCGGCGGCGGCGGCGGCGGCGGCCCGGGCGGCGGCCUGCAGCACGAGACGCAGGAGCUGGCCUCCAAGCGGGUGGACAUCCAGAACAAGCGCUUCUACCUGGACGUGAAGCAGAACGCCAAGGGCCGCUUCCUCAAGAUCGCCGAGGUGGGGGCGGGUGGCAACAAGAGCCGCCUGACCCUCUCCAUGUCGGUGGCCGUCGAGUUCCGCGACUACCUGGGCGACUUCAUCGAGCACUACGCGCAGCUGGGGCCCAGCCAGCCCCCCGAGCUGGCGCAGGCUGCCGACGAGCCCCGGCGGGCGCUCAAGAGCGAGUUCCUGGUGCGGGAGAACCGCAAGUACUACAUGGAUCUGAAGGAGAACCAGCGCGGGCGCUUCCUCCGCGUCCGCCAGACCGUCAACCGCGGCCCGGGGCUGGGCUCCACGCAGGGCCAGACCAUCGCCCUGCCGGCCCAGGGCCUGAUCGAGUUCCGCGACGCCCUGGCCAAGCUCAUCGACGACUACGGGGUGGAGGAGGAGCCGGCCGAGCUGCCCGAGGGCACCUCCUUGACUGUGGACAACAAGCGUUUCUUCUUCGACGUGGGCUCCAACAAGUACGGCGUGUUCAUGCGGGUGAGCGAGGUGAAGCCCACCUACCGCAACUCCAUCACCGUCCCCUACAAGGUCUGGGCCAAGUUCGGCCACACCUUCUGCAAGUACUCGGACGAGAUGAAGAAGAUCCAGGAGAAGCAGCGGGACAAGCGCGCCGCCGCCGCCGCCGCCCCCGCCGCGGGCGCCGGGGCCGAGCCGCCCCCCGAGGCCGAGGCCGCCGCCGCCGCCGCCGGGCCGCCCGGCGCCCUGCUGCAGGCCGAGGAGCCCGAGGAGGACUGACCGCCCGCCCCCCCGGAACGCGGACUGGCCCCGCCGCCGGCGGGAGGGCGGGCGGGCGGCGGGGCGGGGGGGCGGCGGCGAGCGGCCCUCCCCUCUGCCCGGCGCCCCCCCCGGCAGCGCCGCCCGCCCGGCGCCCCCCGCCGCCCGGCAGCAGCGCCUCCGACCCGCCACCCAUCGCUGGAUGUUCCUCCACUUUACCCACCGUAUCAAACAGUAAGCAGCUGCUAAAACAAAAAAAAAAAAACAAAACACACAAAAAAAAGUCAAAAAAAGUAAUAACAUUAUAUAUGAACUGUGUUUCCUACUUGAUUAAAAAUAUAAAGAACUGAGUGUUUAUUUCCCUAAUUAACCGAGAACUUUUGUACACGUUUAAGCUAUUAUUAUUAAAAGUGUUUGCAAAAAUGGUCAAGAUUAUAAUAUUGCUGAAUUAUAUAAAAAGAAAAAGUCCUUUUCAUGUUGAGCUAACAUUUGACUUUAGCACAAAAAAAAAAAAGAGAUAUUUUAGAACACGUAAAAAUAAUAUUUUUAGUUUUUUCUUCUCAUUUUGUUACCAAAUUUCGAACCUUACAUGGAGGUUACUAUAGUAUAUUUGACACCCUAUAUACCUGUGAUUAGAGAUGUGUAUAUAUAUAUGAGGGCUAGGCAUGCUGUGUGUCUGAGCUUUGUCUAAAUGUUAUGCAGAAGUUUGUAGAGUUAAAAGGUACGUAGGUUUAAUUCAUGCAAGGUAAACAAUAAGUGCUCUCUUUUAUACAAUAUGCAUUGCAUCUGGACCUUAAACAUAUAAAAAUGGUCAGUGAAACUUCUGUGAACAUGAAGAAAAAUUAUUAAAAAAGGCAUUUAAAUGAAAUUUGCUAACUUGUGAUUUUUACGUUUGAACCAAAGUUACUCAAAUAGUAAAAAAAAAAAAAAAAAAAAAAAGAGGAAAAGUAAAAGAGAGAGAGAGAAAAGUAAAGAAUUUUCCUCCCUUAAUAUUUUUUUCUGCACCUGUUUGGUUUACAACUGAGUAGGCGUAUUGUCAUUAUUGUGUAUAUGAGAUGUACUUGUAUUGUUCAUAUUUUUUUUAUUCUGUGUACUUAAAGUAAUUAACCUGAUGUGCAGCGGUUUCCAGUCGACCUGUUUUUGGACAGCAGGUAGCGAGUCUUUCCAUGUCGCCACUGGCACUAGCACUGUCUCCUGAACUUGUGCGAGGUCCGAGCCUGUGCUUUGAUCCCUACCAGUGCUGAUUAACUUCUGUAGGCCUGUUAGAAAUCAGUGCAACGCGAUUGCAGAGUAAUCCUACUGAGCCAUGGGGUUCGGAGUUUUGUUGGAAAGUGAAAGCCAAGCCUGUGUGUGUCUGUAACGGAUUUCCAUGUAGCUGUGGUGCUAGUUGUUACUGGCUACAUACCUGACGAGCCUAGCCGUGCCCUUCCCUCCCCGUCCCAGCCUCCUUGCCGGCAUGUGCGCUCGUGGGCUCUGGUCAAAGCCUAGGGUAGGGAAACGCAGAAUUGUCAAAACGCUAUCAUCUGUCCAGGUGUGUUCUCCAAAUUGAAAUUGUUUGUAAUAAUAAUAAGGAUAAUAAUAGACUUUUACAGGUUGUUUUUGUUGAUUUUUUUUUCUUUUUAAAAAAAAAGUUGGUGUGCUUUUAAUUGACUAACUUCUUGCUGCUGUAUAGUAAAAUAUUAAUAUAUUUUUAUCAUUAAACUGCUGCAUGACUAUCA